UUGGGCUUCUUUGUUUCUUUUCUCGUCGAAUGGAUUCCGACGUCGUCUUCUUCGCUGUCGACGACGAGGCCGGCGGUGGAGGUAUUGAUGGAGAUGACAUCGCAGCUGGCGUCCUGGCUCGCUUCCAGAGCUCCGAACGCGAGGACCAUCAGCAUCUGUGCGCCGCCGUCGGUACCAUAGCCCAGGCCCUCAAGGACCAGGGAAUCCCCCUGACCCCCGUUGCCUACUUCGGUGCUACGGCUUCCUCUCUCGACCGUCUCUCACGAGAUCCCGCUUCCGGCUCCGACCCCGCCGCUGCCUCACUGCUCUCCUUCCUCGCCGUUGCGUUCCCCAGGGUCUCCCGCCCCGUCAUCCUGAGUAGGUGGACAGAGGUCUCCGAGAUCUUGGUUCGAAUCCUAGGAUUCAAUUCACUGCCGCCCGGUGGUGUGAAGUCGGGGCUGAGGUGCGCAUCUUAUUUGCUUGCAGUAGGAGAUAAAACAAACUGGUCGGCUUUGUCGCCUCUUUAUGCGGUUCUUUUAAGCUUUGUCACGGCUCAGCGGCUCAAGGUAAGGAAGGAGUGUCACUCAUGUUUGAGUGAUGUGCUAAGAAGUUUCCAAAAUAAGACAGUUUUGUUGUCGGCAAGUGAAAGUAUCACAGCCAUCUUUGAGAGGUCUCUGUUGCUUGCCGGUGGAACUUCUUCAGAAUCAGCUUCUUCCGAGGGGUCUAAAGGAGCUAUGCAAGUCUUAUGUAUUUUAAAUGCCAUGAAGGGUUGUCUUCCCCUUAUGUCAAAGAAAUACACAAAUACAAUACUGAAGUACUUAAAAAACCUAUUGGAGCUGCGGCAGUCGAUUGUAACAAGAUGUAUAAUGGAGGUUCUGCAUGUUCUUUGCAGCAGUUCAACUGCAGAUGUUGCUCCUGAGUUAUUAGAAGAUUUGUUAUCCUUUAUAGCAUUGUCUGUAUCUGAUAAGGAGAAGUCAGCAGAUCAGAUGGCAUCAACAGCACACUUGUUACAUUUGGGUACGAGAAAGGUUUAUCAUCUAAACAAGGAAAUAUGUGUUGUGAAACUUCCUCUCAUAUUUAAUGCUCUUGGAGAUAUUUUAGCCAGUGAGCAUGAGGAAGCUAUAGUUGCUGCUAUGGAGGCCUUAAAGGGUUUAAUAUGUACUUGCAUUGAUGAAACCCUUAUUGAGCAAGGUGUUGUUAAAAUAAAAGCUGCAGAUGGAGGGCUGAGGCAGUCUGGACCUACUAUCAUUGAAAAAAUAUGCGCAACCAUUGAAGGCUUCCUUGGUUAUCGCUACAAUGCUGUUUGGGACAUGUCGUUCCAGGUUCUUUCAACAACAUUCAUUCAACUAGGAAAAUCUUCAUACUAUCUAAUGGCUGGAGCUGUUAAAAGCCUUGCAGAUAUGCAGAACUUAUCAGAUGAGGAUUUCUCUUUCAGAAAGCAGCUUCAUGAAUGUGUUGGGUCAGCUGUUAGUACAAUGGGGCCUGAGAAUUUUCUCAGCAUCCUGCCACUCAACUUGGAUGCAGAUGUCUCUGAUGCUAAUGUUUGGCUACUUCCAAUAUUAAAGCAACAUGUGGCUGGUGCUCGUUUAAGUUUUUUCGCUGAACAUAUAUUAGUUCUGGCUAAAGACAUAAAGCAGAAGUCCUACAAGCUUGAGAAGGAGGGAUUGAUUUUCUCAGCUAGGAGUGCAAAAGGUCUUGUAUAUGCCUUAUGGUCCUUGUUGCCUGCAUUUUGCAAUUAUCCUGUGGAUACUUCAAGUGGUUUUAAGGUUAUUCAGGAAGAGUUAUGCAAUGCACUCCGUGAAGAACCUGACUUGCGUGGGAUAAUAUGUUGCAGCUUACAGACUUUGAUUCGCCAAAACAAUGACAUAAUUUCUAAUAAGUCCACUGGACCUGAUGAUAAAAUAAGCCCUUCAGCGACAGAAGAGGAUCAUUAUAGUAAAAGUGAAUCAGAGGAAAAUCUGAAGGCAAUACAAUCUUUUGCUCCUGAGUUUUUCUCAGUUUUAUCAGAGACAUUCUUGACGUGUUCGAAAGACAGUGGUGGUUGCCUGCAGGCAAUGAUCCAUGAUUUUGCAUUGAUAUCGGACAAAAAGGUAGUGAAGAAGGUCUUCAUGGCUACCAUGCAUAAACUGUUGAAGGUCACUAAGGAAGCAGUUAAAAUGAAUCAGCUUAAUUGUUCUGGUACAAUGCUAACUGAUAGUUCCUCAAACGAAGCAUCACUUUCACAUGAAAGGGCCCUCCUAUUGGACUUGGCAGUUUCACUUCUGCCUGGUCUAGGUGAUAAAGAGAUUGAUUUGUUAUUCAGCGCUAUUAAGCCUGCUUUCCAGGAUGAAGAAGGGAUUUUACAAAAGAAAGCAUAUAAAAUCCUCUCGAUUAUACUGAAGGAACGUGGCCACAUCCUUUCAAAUAAUCUGGAGGAACUACUUGAGUUGAUGAUUGCGUCACUACCUUUUUGCCACUUUGCAGCUAAACGUCAUAGACUUGAUUGCUUGUAUACAUUGAUUAUCUACAUAUCAAAGGAUUUGUUUGAUCAUAAAAGGAGGGAUAUCAUCAGCGCUUUUAUCACUGAAAUAAUACUUGCUUUAAAAGAGGCCAAUAAAAAGACAAGAAACAGAGCUUAUAACUUGCUUGUUAAAAUUGGUCAUGUUUAUGAAGAUGAGGAAGGAGGGGGAAAAGAUAACCUUCUACAACUUUUUAACUUGAUAGCUGGCGGUCUUGCUGGUGAAACACCACAUAUGAUCAGUGCUGCAGUAAAAGGGUUAGCUCGUUUGGCAUUUGAGUUCUCGGAUCUCAUUGGUGCAGCUUACAACUUGCUUCCCUCUGCAUUUCUUCUCCUGCAAAGAAGGAACCAGGAAAUUGCCAAAGCCAACUUAGGUCUCAUCAAGGUAUUGGUGGUAAAAUCCAAAGCUGAUUGCUUGCAGAUGCACUUGAAGACGAUGGUUGAAGGACUCCUGAGAUGGCAAGAUGAUACCAAGAAUCAUUUCAAGGCCAAGAUUAAGUUACUGCUUGGAAUGCUUGUGCGAAAAUGUGGUUUUGAUGCUGUGAAAGAAGUUAUGCCUGAAGGCCACAUGAAACUAUUGACCAACAUUCGAAAGAUUAAGGAGAGAAAAGAGCGAAAUGCCAAAUCUGAUGAUGGGGAAUCCGAGGAUGGGGAAUCUGUCACUUCCCGAACAACCAUCUCUAGCCACAGGAAAUGGAAUCACAGUCGUCUAUUUUCCGAUUUUGGAGAUGAAGACACAGGUGACGAUAGUGAUGCAGAAUUAGCUGUGGCUAAAACAUUUUCUGGUCAACACAGAAGAGCUUUCACUGGUCCUGCUUCUGGGUCUUCAUCUAUAGGGUCAAUCCGAAAACGUAAAGCAGCUAAGAGUUUGCCAGAAGAUUUGUUUGACCAAUCCGAAGGUGAUCCACUUGACCUGCUAGACCGGCAAAAGACAAGAUUAGCCCUACGAUCCUCAGCUCACCUCAAAAGAAGGAAAACCUUCUCGGAUGAGCCAGAAAUCGAUGCUGAUGGCCGUCUUAUUGUUCGUGAGGAUGGUUGUAAACCUAGAAAGGAGAACAUCUUCCCAGAUAAAGACUCAGAUGCAAGGAGGCACAUAGACAGCCGUUCCCUUCCAAGUUCUUCGAUAAAAACUCAGAAGAAGCGACAGAAGACUUCAGAUUCUGGUUGGGCUCACCCGGGUAGUGAGUAUACCAACAAAAAGGCAGGUGGUGAUGUGAAGAGGAAGGACAAGCUGGAGCCGUAUGCAUAUUGGCCUCUUGACCGAAAGCUGCUCAAUCGUAGGGUGGAAAGCAGGGUUGUUGCACGGAAGGGAAUGGCAAGCGUCAUGAAGCUUACAAAGAAGCUGGAAGGACACAGUGCAUCUAGUGCACUCUCUUUGAAGGGACUGGCUUUCAAGAAACAAAGAAAAGGUGGUAAGAAGAGGUGAUGCUGUUUAAUAGUUGGUGAGGCAUCCAGUUAACUAUGCGCGCAUUCAUGACUGACCAAAUUGCAGCUGUUGUACCUAUCAUCAAUUUUUGCCCAUGUGAUAGAUAUGUUAAAAUGUGAUCAUGAGGUUUUUUAGGACAUUUGAGGGGGUUUUUAAACCUUGUCUCACAUCAACGGAGGAUCAUAGAUAAUAACAUAUAUAAUU